GCACAACAAGCCAUAAUACAAGCAGCUUGCAACCUGAACUUUGAUCUCCGCCCUUGUCGUUCACGAGUUCGGAAAAUCACACACAGUAAUCCCAAAGUCAGUAUCAACUACACUCGCCCUUCAACUGUUAUCAAUAUGAGUAUCGGCUUUUUGGGAGCGGGAAAAAUGGCCCAAGCCAUGGCAAGAGGAUUACUCGCAUCAGGCACCUUUCCAAGAGAGAAAAUGAUUGCAAGUGCUGCGGACGAGAUGACCAACAACGAAAUGAGGAGUCUUGGGGUAUACGUAACAGAACAUAACCAUGAGGUGGUGGAGCAAAGAGACAUCGUGGUAAUCGCUGUUAAACCAAACCUGGUUUCAUUGGUUCUUAACGAAGUGGCUCCUGUCAUCACACCACAUAAUCUUAUCGUCUCUCUCGCUGCAGGAGUUACCCUUGAUUCCAUGGAAAGGUGUCUCCCUGGCAAGAGUCGAGUCGUACGAGUGAUGCCCAAUAUCCCGACUUUAGUUAGACAAGGUGCAUCAGCAUUCGCACUAGGUCGUCACGUGACUGACACGGACUGUGACACAGUGAAGAAACUGAUGUCAGCCGUGGGAUACGUGGAACAAGUGCAAGAGAAAGAUGUUGCUGCUGUAACUGGUCUCAGUGGCUGUGGUCCUGCAUACUGUUUCAUGGCUAUCGAGGCUCUCGCUGAUGGUGGUGUUAAAGCAGGUCUUCCUCGUAAAGUGGCCAUCAACCUUGCCGCACAUACAUUACUGGGCAGUGCAAAGAUGGUUUUAGACACAGGAAAACACCCUGGCGAGCUCAAAGAUGCUGUAUUUUCACCCGAGGGAGCAACAGCUUAUGCAGUCCAUUCUCUUGAGAAGGCUGGGUUAAGAGCUACCUUAAUGGAUGCUGUAGAGGCGGCGUUGUUGAGGGCUCAGGAACUUGGCAGAAUGACCAAAUGAACACUAAGAAAACUAAAGGCUAUUUAAUAUAAAAAGUUUCUUUAUUAAAGACAAAUUCAUUGAUUAUUUUCCAAUUUUUUUAGUAAUUUGUUAAAGAAUGGCUGAUAGAGAAUGGCAAGUCAUGCCAAAUAGGUAAAGAGAGAAAGCAAAAUAAAUUUAACUUUAUCUUUGUCA